CAGUUAUCGCAAAGUUCUCACAGCUGUCGGACGCGUCAGCGAUUUGUUUUGUGCUUUUGCCGGCAGUGUGCGCGUUUUUUUGUUUUUUAGUUUGAUGAUUUCUCAAUGAAAUUUGUAAAAGUUUAACGAUAAGAAUAUUGGACUCCUGUAUUGAGAUAAACGGGAAGCGGCAGCUGCAAAAAUUAUUUGUUUAUAACGCUGAUAAGGAAAGUUGUGUUUGGUUUUUGGUAUUGUCGGCAUUGUGUUAGCAAAAAGCUUUUACGAUUUGUUUGUAGAAAGCUUUCUGUGCAUAAAACGCGUGUUGGCUUCGUCUCCGUGCUUCAUUAAGUGGCAAGUUCAGAGAGGCCGCACGUCGAGCGCCCUAGUUGUUUGCUGCUUGGACACGUUAGCAACGUUGUCGCAGUUAUGGAUUCACCAACACCGCCAAUUGUCAUCGACGAUUCGAACGGUUCAGCUAUGGACGCCUGCUUCACGGCAUUCGACAAGGAUGGCGAUGACCGUCUGAAUCUGGCUGAGUUUACGCUAAUCUGCCGUGCUCUGUUCCGUAAUGACAAGGGCCACAUCUACGAUGUGCCACACGAACGCCUCGAGCAAAUAUUCGCUGUCUUUGAUAAGAACGGCGAUGGCUUCAUCGAUAGGGAGGAGUUUAAAUUUUGUUGGAAUCAAUGGAUAAAAACGAUUGUGCGACCGGUGAACGCGUUUCUCAUUGUUGAUGUACAAAAUGAUUUUAUAAGUGGUUCCUUGGAUAUAAGUAAUUGCAGUGCACAGCAGCAAGGACAUGAGAUACUGGAGCCCAUUAACAAGCUGCUGGACUCGGUGGACUUCGAUGCAGUCUUCUACUCCCUAGACUGGCAUCCCAGCGAUCAUGUUUCAUUUAUUGAUAAUGUCAAAAUGCGACCCAUGGACGAGUCCUCGGCGCUGGAUGCUGAUUCGGCGAAGGUCUUUGAUACGGUCAUCUUUGCCGGGCCACCGCCGAUGAAGCAACGUCUGUGGCCGCGUCACUGUGUGCAGGACUCUUGGGGCGCGGAGCUGCACAAGGAUCUGAAGGUGGUCGAUCAUGGCAUCAAGGUAUACAAGGGCACCAAUCCGGAGGUGGACUCCUAUUCCGUGUUCUGGGACAACAAGAAGCUGUCGGACACCACGCUGAAUGCCCAGCUCAAAAUGAAGGGCGCCACAGACAUCUACGUGUGCGGCCUGGCCUACGAUGUGUGCGUGGGUGCGACGGCUGUGGAUGCUCUGUCCGCUGGCUAUCGCACCGUCCUGAUAGACGACUGCUGCCGCGGCACCGACUUCCAUGACAUUGAGCACACCAAGGAGAAGGUGAUCAAGAGCGAUGGCGUCAUUGUGCACAGCAACGAGGUCAAGGCAAUGGCUGAGGGUCGAGAUCGUCGGCCCGAGCUGGGCUAUAAGCUGGCCAUGGAGCUCAAGAGUCCCGAUUCAGUGCUAUCGCAGCGCAACGGCUUCAGGCCCAGCUUUUAAAAUUAAAGACAUCACAAAUUAAAGACAUCACAAAUCGCACAAGCUAAGCAUUCACAAGAGGAACAGCUGGUCCGGACUCUCAAACGAUAUCAACUAGUUUAUAUGGUUAAUUAAACUUUAGUGCAUUUCCAUUUAAAUCCAAUAAACAAAACACCUGACAAGUGCCUUUCCUCAACGUA